AUGCCCAACAGGAUUCUGCCCUCUGUUCCUCUUGCUGUUUUGGGACGAGUGUCCCUCCCUCCUGCAUCGCGCGCGCCCUUCUCCUCCAGCACCGCCCAGCCGUGCAGCUCGUCUUCUAACCGCACCGCAGCAGACAGACUCGCCACCGGCCUGCUGAAAAACAAGGAAUGGGCGUCCAAUUACCCAGCGCAGUUCCCCAGCCUGGCCACAGGCCAGCAGCCCGAGAUCCUCUGGAUCGGCUGCUCCGACUCGCGCUGUCCUGAGACGACCAUCCUGGGCUUGCACCCGGGCGACGUCUUUGUGCACCGCAACAUCGCCAACAUCGUGCACCAGGCCGACCUCAGCUCGGCCUGCGUGGUCGAGUUCGCCGUCAACUACCUCAAGGUCAAACACAUUGUCGUCAGCGGCCACACCAAGUGCGGAGGCGUCAAUGCCGCCCUCGGAAACUCCAAGCUGGGCAUCCUCGACACCUGGCUGCUGCCUCUGCGCAACCUGCGCCAGCAAAACCUCAAAUCCCUGCAGUCGCUCGAGCCGGACGAGGCCAUCUCCAAGCUGGCCGAGCUGAACGUGAUUGACGGCGUGCAGAAGCUGAAACAGCUCGGCGUGGUGAUCGACGCCAUCGAAAACCGCGGCCUCCAGGUGCACGGCGUCGUCUACGACGUGGCCACGGGCCUGCUGCGCACGCUCAACGCCGAAGACGAGUCCCACGAGGCGACCAAAGCGCCGAGUGGGCCGCCGGCCGAGCGCGCCGACCCGCCUGCGCUCUCCGCCGCGGCUCCUGCUUGCUGCUCCCUUUCGACUUUGACGAUCAUCGCGACCUCAGAUCUCGAGAACAUCUGGAUCAAAGCAUCUAAAGCACAGCCCGGCAUGGACUGUGCCACGGCCGUUCAGUCGGCCUAUGUCAAGCACCCGAUCAGGUCCCUGGCCGCGCUCUUUGUGGUCUGGAAAGCCCUGCUGUUCCUCGUCGUUGCCAACUGCCCCGGCCCAGGCUACGACACGUCGACCACCCUGUUGACUGACGCGGACGAGUCGGCCCGCAUCUUGAAGUUUGUGCGAUGGGAUGCCAUCUACUUUGUGCGCGCUGCCGAGCGUGGCUAUCUCUUUGAGCAGGAGUGGGCGUUUUCCUAUGGCCGUGUGCUGAAGGUCUUUACGUCUGCAUUUAUUGGUGGCAGUAUCCAUCCUACAGAAAUUGCCAUCACUGGGGUGAUCCUCUCGCACGUAACCCAUUUCCUGUCUGUCCUGGUCCUCUACGGCCUCACCAAGAUAGCCCUAGGCAGCGAGACAGCUCGGGAACGGGCUCUGUGUUUUGUCUCCGCUGCCCUCCACGUUAUCUCACCUGCAGGCGCAUUUUUGUCCGCUCCAUACGGCGAGCCCGUGUUUUCCCUUUUGAACAUGGCGGGCCUGUACGUGUAUUCGUUGGCCAUUCUCGCCGAGCAGACCGAAAGCUGGACUCGGCGAGACCUAAGCUUCGUCCUUGCAGGCUCUUUGUUUGCAGGAGCCACUUUCGUUCGCAGCAAUGGCAUUCUCAGCGGCACUUUGUUUGCGUAUGAUGCUAUCAUGGGAGUAAAUGAGGUGUUGGCUCGGGGACUUUCAUUCGGUGUGAUCAGACGCACGGCAUUUGUUGUCCUGGGUGGCAGUAUUGUUGCGCUUGGCAUGAUAGUUCCUCAGUACGUUGCAUUCAAGGUAUACUGCUCGGAUCCCGACUCGGCACGCCCGUGGUGUGAACGGCUGCUGCCCAGCAUCUACAGCUGGGUCCAGGCCACAUAUUGGAACAAUGGAUUCCUAGCCUACUGGACCGUCCCCAAUCUGCCGCUCUUCCUCCUCGCUGCACCCAUCCUCGCCAUCAUGUUCUACUCGGCCCUCGUUGCAGUCCGCGGCCAACUGGGCCAGUCUUCAUACUUUGCUCCCGAUCAUAUUGCAGUCAGGCAGUCGAUUGUCAUGCGCCUCGCAAUCCCACAGGGGAUUCUGGCCAUCCUGGCGCUGACGAAUCUGCACGUGCAGAUCAUCAACCGCAUCUGCUCGGGUUACCCUGUGUGGUACUGGUUUUUGGCAGCGCUGGGAGACACUCGCGCGUUUGGGGUUAGUGUGAAGGCGAUAGCGUUGUAUGCAGGCAUUCAGGCUGUUUUGUUUGGUUCUUUCCUACCGCCGGCGUGA